AUGGACCUGAUUGCGCAGCCUGACCGGGGAUCUCAAUUCCCCCCGGACUGCCCGACCCGGCCGUUCAUUGGCGCCCCAGGCACAGUGCAUCAAGCUUACUCGCUAGCCUUGCAGCAGCAGAUCACUGAAUGGAUUCGGCUAGCGCGGCUUGCGUCUCCUUUCAGCUCGGCCUUACCUCAGGUGCUCAAGUCUGUGCAGGCAGAUGUGCAUUUGGCAAAGAUGGUUUGUAGGCUUUGGGAUUCGAUGCAGUUCCAGGACGCCUCGGCAAAGUCGAUGCCCGAGCAAAUCGCGGCCCAGAUGCUGAAAAGAGUCCAGGAUGCGGGCAACGAGGUCGUUGACGCGAAGAAAGGUAAAGGCAGCUCGACCCUCUCCAUGGCCUAUGCGGCUUCUCGCUUCGCCCAUGCGGUGCUCGCGGGCCGAGCGGGUGAGCCGUGCGCGGAAACUGCGUUGGUGAAAACAGACAUAUAUCCAGGCGUGUCCUACUUCUCGACGAAGGUGACCUUCGGCCCCGAAGGGGUGGAGAAAGUUCACCCGGUGGGGCCGAUAUCGCCCAAGGAGCAGGCACACCUGGACUUAGCCGUCAAGACACUGGAGGCAGACAUCCAGGAGGGUCUUGCCUAUGCAGAGAACGUGGACCUGGCUGGCCGCCGCUGA